UUCCGCCAUGUUGUGAGCGAUCCACUUACUCUCUCGAGACGAAGGGAGAGGGAGAGAAAAAACGGAACAUUUCACUUGGGUUUCUAUGUUUUUGUUGCCCUCCCCCCUUUCAUCUCGUCUCUCGGACAAGUGAAGCGAAGUGAAUCCACAUUAAUGCAACUCUGACUUAGUAGAACCGCUACACCAUGGCCUGCAACGCGCAAGAAGAUGAAUUUGACCAACUUGAUAAGCCUGGUGCUGAGAGAUCUCGGAGAAGACGAGCAACCAAUGAAGAGUGGGACAGUGAUCUUGAAGAUGACUUGCUUAGUGAUGACUGGGGUUUGAGCAAAAAGAAUCAGUCUGAUCAAUCUGAUGAAGAGCUGGAUGAUAACCUUCUACAGAGUGAUGAUGAAGGAAAUGAAAGUUACCAAGAUGUGUCUAUUGACAUGAAUGCCUCAGCAUCUUUUGUGGGUACAUCUUUAGAAUUGUCCAAGAGUAUCGGUGAUAAAUCAAGUGAAGAGGUAUUCCAUUAUGCAGACAAUGAUAUAGAUGAUGAAAAUGCCACUCUUGAAGUUGCAGAAGAUGCACAAGAAGAAAUGGAGGGCUACGUACAUGACGAAUACGCUGAUGAGGAAGAAGGUGUAGAGUAUGAAGAUGGUACACAGCUUGGAGACGACCAAAUCGAUUAUCCAGCAGAACAGGGGGAAGAAAUGUACAAUGAUGAAGUGUUAGACCUUGAAAUCAAUGACCCUCUAGAUGAUGAAUUUCAAGGUACGCUUUUUCUUCACAAUCAGGAUGAAGACUACACCCAGUUUUAUGCCACAGACCAAGAUAUGCCAGAAGACCUGCAAACUCAGGACAAUGAAGUGUAUGAGGAAGCAACAGCUGCAGAUACACAGGAGCAAGUUGUUGAAGUUGCGCAAGAACCUGAAGAGGUCGUGAAACAAAUACAGGAAAUAGAAGAAAGAAAGGAAGUCUCUGAUGAUGAAGACGAAGAUGAUGAAGAGUCUGGAAGAAUGCGUUUCAAAACUGAACGGAAAGAAGGAACUGUUAUUAGGUUAACAGAUGCAGCUAGAAAGAGGCGAAACAUUCCAGACACAUUGGAACUUUCUGAUGAGGCUAAAGCAGCAUUGCGUGAGUUUGAGGAGACUGAACGCCAACGAAAACAGGGAAAAAGAGGUCGAAGGGGAGGGCCUUCAGCUAAUUUUCCUUUUUGUGAUCCAAGGAGAGAGAGUGGUAGGAGGAGAGAUCAACGGCCACCCUUGAUGCAAGUGCCUCCAUCAUUGCAGAGUCCUCGUACUACAAUGAAUUCUUCAGAGCAUCAAUCUGGCAGAGGCACUUUACAACAGCGACGGCAGCCACCGCCUCUUCUGGUACCCCAACGACAUCCUUCCACAUCUGAAAUGCCCAGUGGCCCUCCACAGCAACCAGAACAGCAGGAACAGCAGAACUCAGAAACUGCUUCUGUUGGUGUGAAUUCAACAGUAAUUCCAACACAACAACCAAAGAACAUUCAUAUAAAUCCUCAUUUCCGAGGUCCAGUGGUUACACCUGUGCAAGUGCCCUUGAUGCCUACGCCAAACCAGCCGAGGCCUGCUGUGGGCCCCCAGAGAUUCCUAAGCCCUCCAGAAUUUCAACCACCUAUUCCAGUCCCUGCUAAUUUUAAUCAGCCACCCAGACUUCCUCUUCAGGAACCAUGGAGAGGACCACACCCUCAAGAGAGAGAACCUUUCUUCAUUGGUGAGCCAAGGUUCCAAGGGCAACAUGUGUUUGAACAAGGAAGUCCUCCACCCCCACUUAUGAAUAACCAUGCUAUGUCUUUGCAACCUCCCAUGGUGUACAGCCAUCCAGGCUCAGGUUUCAACCAACAGGGACAGCAUCACAUGUUUCCAAGGGAGGCUCCAAUAAGAACGAGUCUUCAACCACAGGGUCAUAUGGGAAUGUCUCCCUUUAACCAACCUGGUCCAUUGAAUCCCAGACCAUUUAUUCCUCCAAGACAGCAAUUUCCACAAGGUCCUGGACAGCCAUUUCCACCCUCACCCCAUAUUCAACAAAAUCUGCAGCCACCCUUGCAGCUUCAACCACUGCCCCAACACCAGCAUAACUGUUCCCCUCAACCAAUCAUUCCUAAUGCACCGCACCAGUUUAGGCCGCACUUGCAGAUUCUUCCUACAUCUGUAAAUGACAAACGACUGCAGCGUCCGCAGCGGCAAAAUAUUAUGAAGCCUCGGCAUAAUAUACCUGGAAUUCAAAACAUGAAUAAGCUACCAAAUCAAUUUCAGACAUCUGUUCAACGCAAUAGCAAUCUUCGUGAAUUGCCUAUUGCGCCUCAUAACAGUAGUGUAAGACAUCAUCGCCCUUUGUCAGCUCCCGCUGCUCAAACGACAUCCGUUUCCGGGACGAAACCCACAGCCUCAAUUGUAACCUCUUCACGUGUGAAACAGACUGUUCAAAGUGCACCUACUCUUCAAGGUUCCCCAGGGGUGAGGGUGCCGCAGAAGAACUUGCAGCAAAAAAUCAAGAAACAAAAGCCGAUGUCACAGGAUUCUACAGUAAUAGAGCCUACAGAUGAAGAUGAGGAAACACGAGUGUAUCGUUUGAAAAUUGAAGAGCAGAAAAAACUCAGAGAAGAAAUUCUGAAACAGAAGGAACUCCGACGUCAGCAGCAAGCCGGUGCCCGAAAGAAAGAAUUGCUUGAACGUCUUGCACAACAACAGCAGCAGCAGCCGCCUGCUGCACAGCAACUAUCACAACCAAUAAAUACUUCACAGGCUCCCCAGAACAUUAACACAUCCACACUACAAGCUGUAAGCCUAGUACAGCCAAACAUAAAAAACAGACUAUUCACAAAGAAACAAGUCACAGGAACAGGAACACAACAGCAAUUUAUUAAAACUCAUCAAACUGGAAAUGUUAUACAGGUUCAAGCAGAAAUGAAAAAGAACAUCAACCAAAUCAAACCGAUCAGACCUGCACCUUUAAAUCCACUUCAGUUUCCAAAAGUUGUUCAGUCUAAACCUAUUAACUUACCAGGAUCUAGCAUGCAAUGUGGAAAGGUGAUUGUCCCUUCAGUCAAGACUCCAGAAUUAAAACCUGGUGUGAAACGGACUGUAAUGCAAAGGAUGAACAGUGGAGGAGGGGAUGGACCUCACAUUAAUCCCAAGAUAAGAGUCCUCAAGCUUCCAACUAUGCAGGGGAGCGAGAACACAGGCUUUUCUCAUCCUGAGGUCCAGUCUCAACAGCGGCAACACCAGCAGCAUCUUCAGAAACAACAGCCUGUUCGAAAGGUCACAUUGACAAAAGGAGCGCAACAGCCACAGCAGCGUCCACAGCAGCAGCGGCAACAAUCUGUACCACAAUUAUUAGGAAUGACGAAGAAUUCAGCCAAUCAACAGAACAGGGUCAUUAUGCAGGGGCGCGGCACAGCAUUACCAGGCCAGAUGGGCCGAGGACGCAUGAUGCAACAUAAACAGAAUCUGCGAGUGGUGGAAUGCAGACCUCAACCAUGUGUGGUGUCAAUUGAAGGGCUUUCUUCUUCAACUACUGAUUUCCAGUUGAAAAACCUGCUGAUGUCAGUUGGACCUAUUCAGGACUUCAAGAUGAUGCGAGAGCAACGAAAGGCCAUUGCAAAAUUCAGGGAGCCUGCACAUGCUUCAGCGUUUCAGCAGAAAUUCCACAGGCACAUGAUAGAUCUGUCUCAUAUCAAUGUGGCACUGAUCAUGGACGAGUGAUUAUUCUUGGAAUGAAAACAAAGCCUCGCUCUCAUGCAGAAGUUCAGAUCAAGUCAAAUGAAGAAACAAAAUGGCUGAGCUAGCAUACAGUGAUCAAUUUCUAACCAGUGUGUAUGCUAUUAAAUUGGUGAAACCAAAGGAGUUGGCCCAGGUCCAGUGUGGGAUGAAGGAUGUGAUGCUUCUGAAGAAGACUGUGUUUGUACUCUUGUUUCCACAUGUUUAUUGUUUGUUGUCACCAAAUGGAACAAAGUCUUUUGCAAAAACACCUCUGUGGAUUCAAAAUACCACAAAAAAAAUGACUUAACUGUGAACAGUGACUGAAGUAGGCACUGUAGAAGUAGAAUGGCUGCUUAUCAAGCGUAAUAGAGAACUUUUAAUGGUGAAUAACAUUAGAUAAUGGUUGCUGCAGAAUUCUUUCCUUGCAGGUUUAUAGUUAAGUGCUCAAUGUGUACCCCUUAAAAUAAUUUUGUACCUAUAGUCUGACUAGCUUCAAAAUAGCCCAUCAUUUUGCCCUACUAAAGUAAGAAUUAGCUGAAAGGAACUCAGAUUUGCAUUGGGAAGUGCAUGUUAACGACGGUUUCAAGUGUAAGUUAUUUCGUUGUUUUAAAUCUCUUGGAAGAUGCUUAACUACAAGACUAGAAAGCAACUUGAAGACAGUGUUUUGGUGAAGGCGCUUGCCUGUUUAUUGUAGGUUGGAGUAUGAAAAAAAAUGAAAGUAACACUUUCUGUUGUAUCAGUAAGAUGCACAUUAUUAAUUUCACUGAAAAGCAUCAUUUGAAGGCAAAAUUACUUGCACAUUCAGACUACAAAAGCACAUUCAGAUUCCUUUUGUUCAGCAACCAAUAGAACAUCAAAUUAUUUAAAGAGUGAAAUAUAAAGAAUCUCAACCAGUUUCCAGGCCAAAUGAUCUUUAAGUGUGAACCUUUAUGUUAAAUAUUCCAAAUACCUGAUGAUCAUCUGGAAUACAGCUAUUUAUGUCAUUUGAAAUAGUAAACAAAAGUGAGAGUUAGUUUGGAGCUACAGGUUGAAGAUAGUCAGAUUCAGCCAUUAUGUGAACACUGCCAGAGCAGUAACAGAAUGAAAAUCCUAUUACUUUGUCACAUGUUAAUAUGUAGCUGGUUUGUUCCACACUAUAGAACAUGAGACUGAACAAAGAACUACUUCUGGGCUUUGUGCAGGUAUUUUGAAUGUUUCGUUCAUGGUUGUAACAUAAGGUAUUCAUCGUUAUGAUAUUGUACACUUCUCAAUGUGAAACGUUUUGAAUUAAACUGGGCUAAGUUCGAACAGGCAUGGCGAAACAUUAAACUCCAGAAUCACGUUUUCAUUCGCCUGUCUGUUGGUUGGUGACUUUUUUAACUAUAAAACUUGCUGAAUUUCAGCCAUCCAUACAAACAAAUGUUUCACUGCCAGAGGCAGUGACUGCUGACUUGCUCAGUUUCACGUCUUGGACUUGCUGGUGGAAUUGUUCAAACACCAGACUGCCAAAGCAGAUGGGCCUCUGCUUCUUGCCGAUGAUAAUGAAAACGGAAAGACCUUCAGAAAUGCAGUUGUUUUGCAAGGCAUCUUUUGGCUAGGGCUCUUGUGGAGUGGGGACAGGAGAAGAGAUAACGAUUUUAGGUUUUUUAACAAGUAUGUGCUACAUAGCAAAGUCUAUGUCUGUCUGUAUUUCAGAGCACAUUUUAUGGUGUAAUUUUGUACAAAAAAGGGAUACUCGUCUUCCCCUUGAAAGAUUGAGAGUUAAUAAUUUGAAUUGUUGUCUUGCUAGUUAUAUCACCUGCAUCUCGAAUGUCCUGAAGGAUAUUGUGGGAUUAAGUCAGUUUUUGUUGACCCCAUCAGCCUUUAGUGUUUAGCUCAAGUACAGCUGUGGAAACUGUCAUGGAGGGGUUGAUAGUCAAAGACUGAAAUACGACUUAUGUAGAAGGAUACAUGGAUGUUUGUAAGAUUGUAACACAUCCUUUGAAAGAGUUUGCCCUGUGUUGCCCCAUUUAAUAAAACAGUCUAAUAAUUAUUGAAGCAUAAUGUGCUUCAGAUUUGUUGAAACUUUCCCAGCUUUUUCAGAUGUCGCAGCUCAUUGAGGAUUUGUAAUUGCUUUCAUAAAAUAGAUCAGUAAUAGAUCUGCAUAUUCUGUUAAUGCUCAUUUAUGGCUGUGAAAUGCAGUUUCUUGUACUGUACGCAAAGGAGGAUUAGCACUGAUGAUCCACAAAGGAGAAUAUACAGAGUAGGACAUUUCUGACAAUGAAAGGCAGAAGUUGCAGGACUAGGAGUAAAUUGAGUUUAUGUGCAAGUUUCUUUUUCAUAUUGGAUGCUGAAUCCUGAGUGGGCACAAGGAUUGAAAGUAUCAUGCAGAUUUUCAUUUUAGUUUUAUCAGGCUUGCUACAGACACUCAUUUGAAGUAGAAUUUUGCCUGGGCAUAAUGGAGCUUUCUGUGCCAAUUCUCACAAGAUGAGGGACACUUUGAUUGUAUCAUGGUCACAUUUAGAUUGAAAUGCAUUACAAAUGGUAAGGAUUAUUGGCCAUUAUUUUGUUUUCUCAUUUACUUGAGUUUGUGUGUGAUGUCAUGCACAUAAAAUUCAUGUCAGACAUUUUAGUUCUCUUUGUUGAUAUUUGUCAUCAUCAAUUGAGAAACCUAAAUGGGUUACUACUCCUGCAUAUUCCCAGUAACACAAUGUGCAGCUCGUAUUUUAUAUAUAUUUAUAUAUACAUAUCUGUCUUCUAUUAUUGAAACAGCAGCUUACAUUGCUGAAGUCUUUUGAGAGAGAAGUAUUUACCAGUUUAUAUUAAUAAGCUUUAAUGGCAGUGGCCAUGUUGACUCUUGAGAGAUGAGGUGGGGUAGGACAUGUCACAUUAAAAAUGUGUUUGGUAAAACUUUUGUGUAUCGGGGAAGAUGUGCUGCAACCAUCAUCUGAGUUUUUCACUGCACAUUAGUGGGUUUCAUGUAAAAUGCAAAGAAACAUUUGUAUGGCAGCAUGUAAGUAGAGCAAAAUGCUUUCAAGUCAUCAGUGGUGUUCAUCUACUUUUUAGAAGUUGUGCAUUAGCUAAUAAUUUCUGAAGUUGCUUGUGUUUUUUCCAUGUAUCUUAGUUCAAAAUUUGUUGGAUGCAAUGACUAUUGACCUGAAACAAGACAUCCUGUGUAUUAAUACAUUUUAUAAAGAUCACAGUUCUUCCAUAUGUACUUUCUCCUGUUUAUUUACAUGGGUCUUCUUACUCAGGGGUGACACUUUGCAAAUUCCUCUGUGUGUAUGUGGAGCCAAAUUUUUUUCGUCCCUCAUGCAGUAAAGUCAUUGUGAGAGUAGUAGGAUGCACUGGCGUUUUAAAAAAAAAAUCUGUAAUCUGUGUUAUAGUUGAGCUUUAAUUAGAAUGUUCUGAAGGUUCUCGGCAUUUUUGUGUCCAUUAUGUAGCUUCUAAAUUUGUUGCCCUAUACGUUGUAGGAAGUAAACUUGUAAUAGUCAAUGAGGAUUGUUGAACCCACCUUGACAGUUUGAAGGGGCAUGCUUCUAAGUGGAUUGCAGUGUACACAAUUAUCCUUUUUUUUAUGCCAUCUACAUACAGUAUUCUAAAAUUAGUUGUUGCCUUGAGGUGCUCGGAUAGCCUACAUUUUUUGAAUGUGGAAGCAGUAAGUCAACGCAACAUGACAAAUGACUUUUAUGGUGUGUUUUAGGGAAACAUUGAGUCAUGCUAAUUCUUUGACAGGACUGUGGUUUCAUGUUCUAAACCAUGUCAGCUGAGCUCUCAUGCCAGUUUUAAAAAGUAGAAUACAGCUCCUCCUCAGUCAAAGUAACCAUGACUUGAUGGUUCAUAACGCAUCAUCUCAACCAAUUUUCAGUACAUCUGCUGACCACAGUUUAAAAUGUUUGGCACUUUGAGGACUGCAAUCUCUACGCUAGAGUUUGUUGGAGAAAUUUUAAAAUGCUGUAUGUAAUUAAUGUGGUAACAGCUCUGAGCAAAGCUUCCUCCAAUCUCCUAUUUCCCCCCAAAAAAGUGUCUGUUCCCAAAGUACUCUUUCUUUAACACUAGUUACAAAUAGUUGCAGGUGAACUGGAAGGAAAAUUGUCUCCUUUACUCUUAGAUUAUUUGUUUUAAAACACAUUCAAUUUGUGUUUAAUAGACUUGUGACUGGACAUAUUUAGUUGUAAUUUUGGAGCAAUCAUAACUGAAAUCUUUAAAAGCCUGCAGUUAAAACACUAGCUUGUUUAUAACAGAAGAUUCUCACUAACCCUCGACACUACUUGUCAUGCUGCCCUCUCUAACUCCAUUACACUCAAGCCUGCACAUAACUUGUAAGUCUAGGGAAUAAGCUUGUUUGGCACUUGGAUUCAAAUAGAUGUAAAUAUUUUAAAGUGCUUUAUAGAUGAGAUGAAAUAUCCUGUAGAUAAGUGUCAGUUUCGUGGAAAUAUAAAUUAAUGAAGCUGGCACUGUCCUGAUUGAAGAGUUAAAAUGUAAAACUGUAAGGGAACAAGACUAGCCAUUUUCUCCCUUUUAGUUUAAAACCCUGUAAUGUCUUUUAGUCUUAAGCUGUGGCUUAACAUUAGAAUUAUGUGAUAUUCAAAGACCUGAACUAUACUCUAUUAGUUUAGUAUUGCAUUAUAUGGUGCU